UAUUAAAUCCACGUUUUUUCAACCUCACCACUCUCUCAUCUCCACAUAAAAAAAAGUCUCCAGUUUUAGAUUCUUCAUCCUCGAAACUUCCUCCUCAAGUCUCUCUCCGACUCGAUUCCUAGGGUUUUGUUGCAUCUGGAAUCUUUGUCGCUUGGUUGGGGAUCUGAGCACAAACGGGUUUGGAAUCGGUUCGUACUUUGGAUCGCAGUCUAGUGAAGCGCGUAUGCUGUUAAUUUUCUUGUAAUCUUUGUGAAAUCGAGCUUUGGAGCUUGUUUAGAACUGAAUUAGAGCAGAACUCGAUUCAGCAUUCUAAGUACUGUACUGCAUUUUUAGGUAUGAAACAUUGGUCAGGAUAAGAUGGCUUUUAAGAGCAAGUUCAAGUUGUGUGCACUUGUGGGAAUUGCUAUAUGUGUGUUAUCUUUGCUGGUGCACCUACUUGUUGCAGACUAUUCAACCGGGGACUUUGUAUCAUACAAAUUGCAUGUGGACGAUUUUUACUCGAUUGGAAAGAUUGGGCAAUAUAGAAAGCUUUGGCGUUCAGUGAACUCUUUGGAACCCUUGCAACCGUAUGCUAACCCUAGGAGCACUUAUGCAGUUCCGAGGAAGCAGAAUCGUUUCAUAUACGUGAAGAUUUAUGGUGGAUUUGAUAAGAUCAGAUCUUCAAUCUGUGAUGUUGUCGCCAUUUCCAGGCUGUUAAAUGCUACCCUUGUCAUUCCUGAGAUUCAAGAAAGCCUUCGGUCAAAAGCCGUCAGUUCCAAAUUUAAGAGUUUCUCAUAUCUUUACAAUGAGGAGCAGUUUAUAGCAGCACUCUCAAACGAUGUUGUUGUUGUGAAGAGUUUGCCAAAUGAUCUGAAGGAAGAUAGGAAGAAGAACAAGUUCCCCAUAUUAUCACUUAGACGCUCAGCCGCACCCAGUUUUUAUAUCAGAGAAGUCUUGCCUAAACUUAAAAAGGCAAAGGUCGUUGGCUUUGUGAUUGCUGAUGGAGGAUGCCUCGAGCCCAUUCUUCCUCCAAGCAUGGCUGAGUAUCAGAGACUUAGAUGUCGGGUUGCCUUCCAUGCUCUUCAAUUCCGCCCAGAAAUUCUCGCGCUUGGGAACCAAAUAGUUGAGAGAUUAAGGGCUUCUGGUCGUCCAUACCUGGCAUAUCACCCAGGUCUUGUGAGAGAUAAACUAGCAUUUCAUGGGUGCGCGGAACUUUUUCAGGAUAUUCAUACUGAACUUAUCCAGCACACAAGGAAACAGAUGAUCAAACGUGGGCUUGUUCAUGAGAAACUAAGCAUUGAUUCAGUAGCUCACAAAAGAAAUGGCUCAUGCCCUCUUAUGCCCGAAGAGGUGGGACUUCUCUUUCGGGCAAUGCGGUAUCCUCCAAAUACGAUAAUUUAUUUGGCUGGUUCAGAGAUAUUUGGGGGGCAAAGAGUGCUUAUCCCUUUCCGUGCCAUGUAUGCAAAUACAGUAGAUCGUACUUCUGUCUGCAGUGAAAAAGAGCUGUCUCACAUAUUGGGCCCAGAAUCUCCUCUUCCUUCUGUUCAAUCCAAGUCUGCUCCAGUCAAAAGUGAGAAACAACUCAUUGAAGAAUGGAAGAAAGCUGGACCUCGGCCACGCCCUCUUCCACCUCCUCCUUCAAGGCCCUUCUAUCAGCAUGAGAAGGAGGGUUGGUAUGGCUGGGUUGCCGAGGCUGACAAAGAACCGGAGUCAUCACCUAUAGAUCUGAGAAUGCAAGCACACAGAUUGAUCUGGGAUGCGCUAGAUUAUUAUGUCUCUGUCGAAGCUGAUGCAUUUUUUCCCGGCUUUCAUAAUGAUGGGAGUGGGUGGCCUGACUUUUCAAGCUUAGUCAUGGGUCACCGUCUAUACCAAAUGGCCUCCGGGCUAACAUACCGCCCUGAUAGGAAAAACCUUGUUGGGUUGUUUAAAACUAUUAGGGAUCACCUCUAUCAUCCAAAACGCAACUGGACUGAAUUAGCGCGGGGUCAUCUUAACAGAAGUUUAGGUAUAGAUGGGUUAAUAUUAGAGGCUCGAACAUCAAAACCCACAUCAUUUCUCUCCCACCCUCUUCCCGAAUGUUCCUGCAGAGCAUCAAAACCAGCAGACAUUCCGAAACCCGUGAAAGGUUCAAAGGGAGAAAUUUUAUAUGGUGGAGAGGACCUAUGCCCAGAUUGGAUGCUCCGUGGCCUUUCGAUGGUUCUUACAAAGUCUGAGAGUAGUAAAGAAGAGGGAGUGGAGGAGAAUGAGCCACCUGAAGAGUAUUCAUACGCUGAAGGCCAAUUGGACUCUGAUGAAAAGAGUAAAACCGAUGCAUCUAGAUCCAAUGAAGAAGAUGAAGCCAUGGAUCCUGAUGAUUAAAGCUCACUGGUUUCGAUUUUUACACGUUCUAAAAUCAUUACUGUGCUGCCUGAGGAUUGCAGAGAGAUCAGACGGGGUGUAAACAGAGAAUUCGAUUCAUUCGUCAUGAAGUCCUCUUGUACAUCGGUUAGCAUACAGCUUGAGGAGUUGAUCUAAUCAUUUAUUUAUUUGCCUGUGCCUCCCAUUAGAUUGGGUAUAUAUAUAUAAGCUUCUUCUGUACAUUAUCAUGUCUAAUGUUUUUGAGGAUCAGAUGUGUACAAUGGCCCGGGAGGCAGUAGCAGGGCUUUGAUGUAUUAAGGGGCUACUGAUCUUUGUACUUUUCUGAUUUUGAUGAAAUUUUGAUAAUUUGAUUAUAAUCUGUUCCAUUGUGUAGCAAUAAUUGCGGACUGAGUGAAACAUAGUUUCCAGGUUCACAUUAGAGCAAUAUUUUCGCUCUUU